AUGGCUCGUCAUCCUGAAAGCUCUUCAAAGAUGCGGUACAGUCCGUUCUGCGCAUAGUAUAUUAGGUGAUUAUUGCUGGAUUUAACCAUGCACUUUGCUUCUGUUCCGAAAACAAUACAAGGAAUAUUUCUGGUAAUUAAAAUGUCUUGAACUUUAUCUUCUUGUGGUGAAUAUUGAUACUGGCUCGUUAAAAUAUAGACUGUAAGCUAGUUUAUUGUUAAAUAUCAUCUUAUUUAUUUUAUAGGAUUUGGGUGCAAAGAGAAAAGUCAUUUCAGAUUCAGUUUUGGGUAUCCUUUAUUUCCAACAUUACUGUUUUACAAUGGCGCCAACCAUUGUUUGAAUGAACAUUCGAAUCUAAGAUUUUUUCAGAUUUCAAGAGAAAAGUAUUUUUGAUCAACCAGCUAAAAAACGUUUCCUUAACAUCACUUCCAGAAUGUCCAUUUUAAACUUGCUGUUGAAAGUGAGUAACAUUUCUAUGUUUUUCACAGACGUCGUUGUUAGUUUACUCACAUAUCGUCUUUGUCAUUUUAGCCAGUCACAUUAGUUCUAAUUCUUGUCAACCAUUGUACUUGUGACGACGACGACGACGAAGACGAUGAUGAUGCAAGCUGCUUCUGUUAG